GUGGGGUGAAUAUUUCCUAACAUCAGUCAAUGUUUCCGUGGUGAAACAUUAAAGCCUGCUCCAUCUUCCCCCUCAGGUCCGGAGCUCCAGACGUCAUGCUACCAGCCCGGAGGGCGCGGCGUCGUGCUUGGCGCUCUGAGACAGCGCUGCCUUGGUACCAAGAAGAGGGAGGUCAGUGUCCAGCUGCUGGAACCAAGGCGGACCCUGAACCCACCGUUCCAUCAGAGCGCUGAGGAUGCAGCGGUCGUUCAGGGCGGGGCUUCAUCUGGUCUGGAAGAGGUCAGCAGAACAGCAGUGGCUGCUGCAGCUGCAGCUGUGGCUGCUGCAGCUCCUCUGUUUAAGGCCCAAUCAGACAUAGAAGCUCAAAUGUCGCGGUUGUCUGAAAGUGUCCAGAAGCUCCUGGAAACCAACAGGGAGGCUGAUGGCCGGCGGUGGGGCCUGAGUCAGCAGACGCUGCAUCACCUAGAGACUCUGCAGAGCCAGCAGCUCCAGCUGCAGAGCCAGCUAAUGGAGUCUGCCAUCAAGAUAGUGACAGGCCACAGUUCCAUGACUUCAGACUCUGAAGCAGCAGCAAAGGUUGGGCACCAGAAACCUGUAAGGCCUGACAGUACAGCGGAGAUGGAUGCGGUUACCAUGGAAACAGGCCCCCGUGGCUCCAGGCCAGGGCAGACCAGGGACAACCUGUGUGUGCAGACCCCUCUGGCUGAAAGCCUUCACCUUCAGUCUUUGGCAAAUGACACUCAGGAAGCGGUAAGGAGAGCAAGUGAUAUGCUAAAGCAGAUGGAGAGUCUGAAGACGGAGAUAAAGAUGCUGCUGACUCAGCAAGAACAGACUCCACAAUUCAGCUUUCCUGCUCCAGACCAGAGUGAGAUUCCAAAUAAACAUCUUGAGCCCCAACAGAGCAAAUCCAAGCCCAAGCAGGCCUGGUUCUACCUGUCCAGUGCUGAGCAAAGCCAGAGCCGUCCAAACGAUCUUCAACAACAUGAUUCCCAAAACACUUCUCACGUCCAGCAUAAUAAGCAACAUGUGGGUCAGCAGCUGCAGUCCCAGCUUAAUCCGCCCAGCUCCCGGGAUCUGCAGCCCGUUCCAACACCGUCUCAGGCUGGACCAUCGCUGACUCAUCCUAGCUUCACCCAGGAGUCCAGGGGUCUGUCUAACCAGCGCUCCCAUCCUGGACUGGUCCAGAGGAAGCCCAGGAGCCACUCUGUGCUGGAGGAGGCGGGUCAGGUUCUCCGUCAGGCCCGGAGACGGAAAAAGGUUCUGGAGGAAAACCUGGAAGCUCUGAUGAAAGCAAAGAAUGGAGAAAUCCUACACUGCCAGCUGGAAGCGCUGGCUGCUAACAGGUGA